UACUUUUUGCUGAAAGUCUAAUAAUAUCAUUAGACGUUGGUGGCGGUAUACAGCGUGAAGAAAAGAACGCAUUUUACCAUUUUCCCGGUGGUUAUAAAUGUACGAAGAUAUUUAGUUGUUGAAUAGCGUGACCUUGUGGAAACUUCCUUGAGAAUGGAAUCAUUCAGUCAGCCUACAGUCAAUGAUCCUCUGACAGAAGACUUCUCCCAGGAUGUCCAAAUGUUUGAUCCGUCAGCAGAGAAUGAGGUCCAGAAAAAAAUGAAAGAGGAACAGUCACAACCAUCACAGAUGGACGCAGAUGCUGCCAAAGCAGCUACAGAUUCCACACCAGAAGUGAAAGUUACGGAAGUGAAAUGCUCCUUAUGCCAGUGCCGCCUUGAGUCCUUGCUCUGUGCCAGGGAUCACUAUGAAGGCCGGCGGCACCAGAAGAACUUUAUGGCAGCCAUCAAGGCCAAACAUGAACUUUUCACUGCAAUAGCUGCUGGGCAAAAGCCAUUACUUGUACCAAAGGUAGCUAAAAAGACGAAAGAUGACGGUACGGGUGAGGGGAAUGCAACGGAUGGUCUCGCUAAUGCUGAAGACCAUGUUUCCAAUGUUGCAGAGGAUCCUGAAAAGGGGCCGAAAGGGAGCACAAAGGAGGAGCAUGAUGGCGACCAGGAGGGUGUGCUCAUGUACUGCUUUGUGUGCGAUAUACAAGUGAAUUCCAAUGACCAAGCUCUCCAGCAUUAUACUGGUCGAAAACACAAGUACAGGAGCUCACUGGUGGCAUCAUUACCCAGUGCUUCAGAUGUCUCUGAAACCAAUUUAAAAAGAAAGUCUCAGGUGCUAGCGAGUUCUGAACAACAGAAGGCAGAUGGGGAGAACAAACCGCCUGUUGUUAAGAAGUCGGGGGGCCCUAAGGCUCAGCCAAAACCAAAAGCUACCACUCCACAGCAGACAUUCAGCUGCACAAGUUGUGGUGUGAACGUGACCAGCAAGGACAUGCUUGACGCCCAUCUUGCUGGCUCCAAACACAGGAAGACCAUGGCAAGACUAGGGGGAAUUGGCAUCCCUGCCCCUUCGAAAAAGACUCCAAAGGCAGCGAUGACUGCUACGGGGAACGGCAAGACUGCCAACACAAGCAGCAAUAAUGCUGGGACGCCCUCAACCGUUCUUUGCAUAACGUGUGAUGUCUGUAGUGUUACGAUGAAUUCACAGACACAGUAUGAACAACAUUUACAAAGUCAAAAACAUAAGAACAGACUGAAUGGAGUAGGGACUACUCAUGUACCAUACCAGAACAAAGGUGCAUUUGGUGGUUUAGCCGGUAUGAGCAAUUAUCGUAAAGGUACGCGCAAGUUCCAGCAAUUCGGCUACAAGAAGUUCGUCAAGGGCGGGACUGCCAACCAGAAUCACAACUGGUCAAGGGGUUCGAUAAACCCACCGCUGCCACCACCACCACCACAAUCUGAUGUUCAAGACUGGAACAACUCCCAGUGGGCGGGGCCAGGUAUGGGAAUGCUGCAAGGAGCUACACCGUUGGUCCCUCCUCCUGACUUCCCACAAACUGAAGGCUACGGAUAUCAAUACGAAACAGGACGGCCUGGGCAGCAAGGGACGCCGCGUUUUGGACGCCCGGAUUUGAAACCAAAAGGUCAAAAUGCUUAUCCACAACCACCACCUUAUAUGACUUACACUACUGAUGAAAACUACCAUAGUUUGUGAAGAGAGAUGAAAGCAGUACAGUAAUAGGUAAACUAAGGCCCCUUUUUGUGCUCUUGUACUAGAUUGCAACAAUGCAUAUACUUUUACGCAGGCAGCUAGUGCUAGUUUCCCUAAAAUGGUAUAAUUCAUCUACCGUUGAUUAGUUAAUUUAUGUGUAUUUGUACACCAUAUUUGACUCUCAAACUUGAAUCCUCUAUCAUGAAUAGUUAUUUUAUGCGAAUAUUUGUAGAUAAUUUUUACGGCAUCUGAAUCCGGAUUUGUGAGUGUAAAACCUGUGUAUGUGGUACCACCACCUCAGAAAUAAUUGGAAUGAAUCAGUAGAUACCGUAGUCAGUGGAUCUGAAGACAAUGCAAAUUACCACAUUUAUGUAUAAAUCUAGUUUUUUAUACUCUAAUGUAUGUACAACUACGUACAGACCUAAAUCUUUAUUAAUUUUUGUGUCAAGUUCUAUUGACUUUCCAUUACUCGUCCUGGACAACUAGUACCAGUGAUCACUUUUCCAAUUUAUCUUAUGUUGAGAAGACAGAGUAGGUGCUGUUAUAAAUUAUCAUUGUACAUAUGGUCUACUACCAGUGAUGCAAAAAAUAUUACCAGUGAUAAAUUUGUCUUGAUACAUAUUUCCAUAUAUUAUAUAAUGGUAUGGUUUUAUCAUUGCUUCAUGUCUAGCCAAUGUAUAUAAAAUUGUUUUGUAAUAUUUUAGUAUACAGUAAGAACUUUAAAAAUUCAAGAUGUAAUGUCACAGUUUAUGAUUUUUUCCAGUUUUAUAGGCUUCUAAUUACCCCGUCCUAGAUUUAAUAGUCCAUAGUAAUGUGUCUGUAACAUAAAUUAAUCAGUACAGUAUUAUGUUAUAAUGGUUUUGUUUUUUCAUAUCUAUAAACAGAUAGUUGUUUCUUUCCUACAUGACCAAUUGCCUUCAAUCAAAGCCAUAUUGCUGUAAAAUCUCAAACACUAUAAUUUCAUACAAUAGACUCAGUUAAGUUAUGUAUACAUUUAUUUAAGGCAUUAAAAUGUUUUGUAGUUUUUAAAAGCGCAGUGAUAUUCUUUUUACAUUAACGUAUUCAUUGCGUUAUACAUUUAAUGCAAUAGCGCCCUCUAGAAAUUCGACAAACACUCAAAGAUGGCCAUCAGGGUUAAGAUUAAAAUGUAAAAAUAAGAUGUAAAUAAAAUUGAUGGCAUAAUGCUUAAUGAUCAAUUAAACUAUAGGAAGAGACUGUUGGAGUACGUUCUACAAGAGAGUAAGUCAGGGGUUGUACUGUGCCUGUAGUAAGAUGUAGCAACUUGGUAUGAAUACAUACUAUUAUAAAUGAUUUGUGCCUGUCGUCAGGAUGCCUGUGGUGUUGGUACACUGUAUAUAAUGGACAUUUUCGAGUGUCAAUCAAAUUUAACACCUAACCAAUCAGAAUGGUAUGCACACUAUAAAUGAUUUGCAUAUAUGUAGUACAGUAUACAGUGUAUUUACUUGUUUGCCAUAUGUUAUGAACAGUGCUGUUCUUGGUGAUAUUACAGGUAAAAUCAGUUUUUUAAUUUGUAUGGUAAUUUUUUGAUUAAUGGUACGAAAGAAAUGUUAAGUUAAUUUGUAGUAAUUUAUAUUUUAGCCUCUUCAUUUCUUGAUUUUAUUCAAGAUUUAUGAAAGACAGAAUUAUGGAAAGUAUUUUCUUUUAAAUUGUACUCCCAUAUGUUUUGCAUAUGUUGAUGUUCGCUGAAAAUGUCUUUGAUGUUGUGUUUAUACUGUACACUAUUUUAAUAGGUUUUAAAGAUAAAUAACUAAGUUAUCAUCUAUUGUGUUACCAUCUACGUUUA